UCUCCCCAAAAUACCCCCCCCCCGCCUUAAACCCUCCGCCGCCGCCGCCGCCGGCCGCGGCUUGUCGCCGCCAUGCGCCGCUUCGUCGGGGCCCUCCGCCCGCUCCGCACCCUAACCCUCAGCCCCAUCCCGACGGCGCUCCGCGUCCUCUCCACCGCCUCGGCCUCCUCUUCCUCCGCCUCCGCCGCCGCCUCCUCAUCGGACUCCGACUCCGCCGCCGCCCCGGACGCCGACUUCGACAGCUCGGAGUUCGCGCUGCCGCCCUCGGGGCCGACGCCGCCGCCGCCGCCGCAGCAGGCGCGCAACCCGGUCUCCGCGCUCCGGAAGCUCCGGUUCGACCCCUCCCUCCGCGCGCGCGCCGACGAGGCGCUGUUCGGGAAGGAGAGGGGUGGGGUGGACGAUGCGGUGGAGGAGGAGCGGUCGCGGGAGGUUGCGCUGGCCCUGCUCGAGGCCGCGCUCGAGCCGCCCGACGACGACUUGGGCCCUGGCGAGGUCAGGGAGGAGGACCAGAUGUCGCUGUCCGUCGGCAUCGUCGGCGCCCCCAACGCCGGCAAGUCCUCGCUCACAAACACCAUGGUUGGAACAAAAGUGGCUGCAGUGUCCCGCAAGACAAAUACUACAACUCAUGAAAUUUUGGGCGUGCUGACAAAAGGGAUAACUCAAAUAUGCUUUUUUGACACCCCAGGGCUCAUGUUAGGCCACCAUGGAUUACCUCAUAGGGAUGUCACUGUUCGUGUAGAGAGUGCCUGGAGCUCAAUUAACCUUUAUGAUUUAUUAAUAGUCUUGUUUGAUGUCAACAGGCAUCUUAAAACCCCUGACACGCGAGUUGUCAAGUUAAUCAAACGGUUGGGUGCUGAGGUAAACCCAAAUCAGAAGCGUAUAUUAUGCAUGAAUAAGGUCGACCUUGUGGAAGACAAAAAAGACUUGCUUAAAGUUGCAAAGGAAUUUGAAGAUCUUCCUGCAUAUGAAAGGUACUUCAUGGUAUCUGGACUAAAAGGCAAAGGGGUCAAAGACCUUGUACAGUUCUUGAUGGAACAGGCAGUGAGAAGACCUUGGGAUGAGGAACCAACUACAAUGACUGAAGAGGUCAUGAAAACCAUCUCAUUGGAGGUUGUGCGGGAGAAGAUGCUGGAUCACAUCCACCAAGAAAUUCCUUAUGUAAUUGACCAUCGUCUGAUGGACUGGAAGGAGCUAAAAGAUGGUUCUCUUAGGGUGGAACAACACUUCAUUGCACCAAAGCAAAGCCAACGACAGAUUCUUGUUGGGAAAAAUGGCUCCAAAAUCGGGAGAAUUGGUAUUGAAGCCAAUGAAGAAUUGAGGUCCAUAUUCAAGCGAGAUGUCCAUCUGAUCCUCCAAGUUAGAGUUGCUAAAAAGAGGAGUGCAUGAACAGAUUUUAAAGCUCUUGUAUAGACAACCUUUUCCCAAUUUGGGAACUCAACUGCAAGCAUUCAGCGCAUGCAGCAUGCUCCAACAGCGUGUCUGGAUACAGCGUGUUUGAUGACUAUUUUGAAUUGACAGCGCCUUUGCCGAAUCAAGAACAUAUGCCCAAGCAUUCGAAGGAUGCGUAGUAAAAUUUUUCCAAUGUUGCAGUUGUAAGGAUUUCCUUCUCAGAUGCUGUGGGCUGCACAGCCCGAGUAUGUGUAUGUUGUGUGCGUGAUAUAGAUAUAUUUGUACUAGGCUACUGAGGCCAUUCGAUUUUUUUGGUUCAAAUAAGUUUUCCCUUAGCCUGUAUCCUGAAAGGUGGUUUAUGCACUAUUGUAAUCUGACAGCAACGUACUUACAAAGAAAUGGGUUUAUAAGGAUUGUCUUUUCCAAAA